CCACAGCUGCAGGAACCACUAGAACUACAUAACACUGCUUUCUUCCACCUUCUCCAGGCCGCAGCCGUAGACUUCACUCUCAUCCCACUCAAGCCCAGCAUGACAACACGUGGAAGCGGAUUCGUUGGCAGAGGGGGCAUGGGCGCACGUGGCCGCAUCCAACGCAAAAAGACACACGUUCUCCCGUUCACAGACCAUACGGGAAAAGAGGCAUUGAUAGUCUUUGAAGGCCGAGAAACAUGCCCGCUUCCCCCGCUCUACAGCUUCGUCAUGUACUUCACGCACAAAGACGUGAGUGCAGAAAACGUCCAGCCAAACGAGCUUUUAGAUGCCAUCAGACGCGGUACCCCACUGGAAAACUACCCUUGUCCUUUCCGUCUAGAGAUAUUCUUUCUGCCUGCUCCAGGUGAAGACGCUGCAUCUGACGAGGCCUGUAUCGCGCAUUAUCGCGAGGAGAAGCGCAGCCGGGGAGACUACAUGCACCAGAUUGAAGCGGUCGACGCUGAGAGCAGCACCGGUACUGGAGGUCUACCUGGCUUCGUGCCAAGCUACAUCGACCACCCAUACGGCGACUUCCACCAUGGACGUCUCUACAACUACCAGGGACCCAACUGGCGCACGGAUAAGCAGCCAGUACGUCGUGUUUUCUUCGACCCUAUCCCGCAAGAAGAGUAUGCACCGAUUGCAGAAGAGGCGGGGGAACCUGAGGUCCUGCCACCGGUUCAGGUCACGCUGCAUGCGAUGCAGAAGAGCGACACGGAAGGUUUUGGUGGGUCGUUUGUAGGUACGACGAUGCAUGAAACAGCGAAUGGAAAGACGAAGAAUGAGACGAAUGAGCCGUGGCAGGAGGCGGUGGAGCGUGGUUGGUCAACUUGGUAGUAGUGGGAUAUCGGAUGUAAAUGGCCUGGCCGUCGCCUCGAUCAAGUCGGUACUAGUAUCACGUCUUCCACUAGAUAUAUUGAAUAGCGGUCAUCACAAGAUGUCUUUGUCAACAGAUAUGUUCUGCUGAAUAAAUGGCAACUACAGCUCCCUAUAUUAUGCAUCCAUUCCCUUGCUCUGCAUACCCGGUGCACCCUUGAUAUCGAGUACAAAAAAACACUGUACUUCCUAAAUACCCUGCUUCCCCGACACCAGCACACG